GGCGGAUCUUGUCACAAGAAGAUUGGUGCUGGAGAUCCGUGCAGCAGGGUGGGCCAGUGUGUAAACAACUCCUGGUGUAACUUAACCAAACUGGAGUGCGAGUGCUUCUCAAGUUUUUACAAUGAUUUGGGCGUUUGCAAAAUCAGAAUCAAGCCAGCGAAAUUCUGUGACAACUUCGGGCAGUGUGUACACAAUGCCGAAUGCGACAUUCAGACAAAUUUGUGUGCGUGCAGACAGAACUUCUACAGGAGUGGGGAAGAGUGCAUACCCAAGAUUGGCGCCGGAAAAAAUUGCAGUGAACAGGGUCAGUGCACGCAUAAUGCAGACUGCGACUUGGCGAAGAAAGAAUGCGAAUGCCGAUCAGAAUACUACAACAAAGAUGGACUUUGCGUUGUGAGGAUACAGUCAGAGCAAAAAUGCACAGCUUUAAAUCAGUGCAUCAAGAAUGCUGAGUGCAACUUGACCUCAGGGCAGUGUGAAUGUCUCGUCGGCUUCUUCCCCAGGAACGGCGAGUGUGCAGGAUUACUUGACCAAGGGUCAGUCUGUGACCGAGAAGGUCAGUGCACAUUCAAUUCCUCUUGCGAAUUUGUAAGUAAGUAUGUCAAGAACUGUCUUUGCCACACAGGCUUCUACGUGGACAAAGGAAAGUGCCAGGAGAGAAUCGGAGCCAAACUCCCGUGUCAAGGUUUUGGGAUGUGUGUGGCUAAUGCUGAGUGCCAGGCGGCUACAAGCCUGUGUGAGUGUCUUACAGGAUAUUUUGCACAAAGUCACAACUCUAGCAAAAGUACUUGUGAAGAGCUGAUUGAGCCUGGGGAAUCUUGUGAACAAAACGGAACUUGUGUUGAGCACGCUCUUUGUUCAUCCAACGGCACCUGCCAGUGUGAAGACAGAUAUUUCAGCUUUGGAGGUAACUGCAAGCCCCUUACUCUUCCCGAGAGGCCAUGUGAUCCUGUGGCCGACAAGUGUGUGACCAAUGCCCAAUGUGUGCCAAGUGACGGUAACGGCGUCGGGCCCACGGUUGACCAAUCGAUGGUUUUUUACCCGAGGUUAAAUGCUCAAGCGGUCACCAUCUGUAAAUGCGCUGCCAACUAUUUUCCUCUCAACGGGGCGUGUGUGACAAAUAAGAAGGCGGGGGAGAAAUGUUGGGGAGUGGGCAUGUGCAUCACCGGCGCUGUCUGCUCUGCCAUCGAUGGCUGGAUCUGCAGGUGUGAGGAUAAGUAUUAUCGUGAUGACCUUGACCUCUGCCAACCAAGAGUCAUCGCCGGUAAGAACUGCUCUGCACCAGGCCAGUGUAUAGCCUUCGCCGAAUGUAACUUGAAUUCAUCCACUUGUGUCUGCGACAAGGACUACUACAGAGACAAACAAGACAUCUGCCAGCCGAGGAUCAAAGCAGAUAAGGCGUGCACAAACAUCGGCCAGUGCACCCACAACGCUGAAUGCGAGGGCAAGACCAUGACCUGCCUAUGCAACACGGAGUUCUACAAUGAGGCCGGGAACUGCCUUGACAGGAAGAAAGCUGGGAGGGAAUGCCUCAGACCGGGCCAGUGCGUGGUCAACGCCGAGUGCGACAAUCUCACCGGCUUCUGUCAGUGUGACACAGGCUUCUACAACGAGGGUGGCGUGUGCGCCACCCUGAAGCCCGCCGGAGAGGUUUGCAAGCUAACCUCCCAGUGCACCUUCAACGCGGACUGCACAAGUCUGGUCACCACCAACAGCACCCUGUGCAGGUGCAGGGCGGAGUAUUUCCCCGAGAUGGGAAAGUGCCACCUGAAGAUAGGACCUGGGAAGGAGUGCAGAAAUCUAGGUCAGUGUGCCAGCAAUGCUGAGUGCGACCCCAUUAAGUCUAUCUGUGAAUGCAAUCAGGGAUACUACCAAGACCUCCUGGACGGUGAGUCAGGCUCUUAUCAUCUAGGCCUCAUAAUUUAAUCUAAACUUGUGGAUUUAGAAAAAUAUUAAUAUAAUAACUAUCUCCCUGCAUGCAGAAGUGUCUGAUUGUUACUAUAUCAUUUUGAUAUAAACUUAUCAAUUCGUUAUAACUCGCUAGGUAUGAAAGAAAGUAUGGCGUAAUGGUGAGUCCAAUAGCUUACAAAAUAAACUCCCCAUAACUUCGCUAAUGAGAUUUUGCGUGAUGUAUUCUUUAGUUUUAUGGAAAAGCCUGAAUUUAAAUAUGGUGUUAUAAAUCUCAGUGUAGUAGGGAGUGGGGCAUUGGAAUAUUAAUUUAGUUAAGGGGCAUCAAAAUAGAUGAACGUUAAAAUAACUAGGAGGUGGGGGGUGUGUUGAAAUAGCACUAAUUGGGAAUAUUUUAAAGUGCAUUACUUAAAUGCAUGUUUUGCCACGUAACAUUGGUAGAUGGAAAGUUCACUCAUUGGCACCAACAUUUUUAGGCGGGCUGUAGCUGGCAUCUAAAAUUUCACUCAUUGCAACCGACAUUGUUAGGGGGGCUGUAACUGGUAUCUAGAUAGAUAACAAAACAAAAAACAUUCAAGUAAAACAUUGUUGAAACUUAAAAUUAUUUAAGAAAUACAAAUCAACAUGAAAUUCUUAAAGUAUUAUAAUGUAGAUACUGAUAGCUAAAGCUGGUUGUAUUAUAAUGAAGAUACUGAUAGCUAAAGCUUAUUGUAUUAUAAAUUGUAAAUACUAAUAGCUAAAGCUUAUUGUAUUAUAAAUUGUGGAUAGCUAAAGCUGGUUGUAAUAUAGUUGUGGAUAUCUAAAGCUGGUUGCAAAAUAACUUGUGGAUAUCCAUAGCUGGUUGUAUUAUAAAUUGUGCAUAUCUAAAGCUGGUUGUAUCAUAAAUUGUGGAUAGCUAAAUAUGGUUGUAUUAUAAAUUGUGGAUGUCUAAAGCUGGUUGUAUUAUUAAAUGUGGAUAGCUAAAUCAGGUUGUUUUAUAAAUUGUGGAUAGUUAAAUCUGGUUGUAUUAUAAAUUGUGGUUAGCUAAAGCUGGUUGUUUUAUAAAUGGUGGAUAGUUAAAUCUGGUUGUAUUAUAAAUUGUGGUUAGCUAAAGCUGGUUGUUUUAUAAAUUGUGGAUAGUUAAAUCUGGUUGUAUUAUAAAUUGUGGUUAGCUAAAGCUAGUUGUUUUAUAAAUUGUGGAUAGUUAAAUCUGGUUGUAUUAUAAAUUGUGAUUAGCUAAAUCAGGUUGUAUUAUAAAUUGUGGUUAGCUAAAGCUGAUUGUAUAAUAAAUUGUGGAUAGCUAAAGCUGGUUGUAUAAUAAAUUGUGGAUAGCUAAAGCUGGUUGUAUAAUAAAUUGUGGAUAGCUAAAGCUGGUUGCAUUGAAAACUGAGCAUUAGCCUAUUAUAUGAUCUAAAAAUAAUUGUUUGAGAAUAAUGACAAAUGCAAUACAAUUUAUUUUUUAAUUUGCUAGAAAUUGUUUGUCUUGUCUCCAGUGGGCAGUCUGCGAUAAUGUAGAUUGAUUUUAUUUUUAAACAUUCAGUAAAUAGCCUACAUCUUUGUACCGGUACAGGUGACAACAAAGGGACAUGCUUGCCUCUUAUCAAAGCUAAUGGUGUCUGUACGACCAAUGGAACUUGUGUGGCCAACUCUGUAUGUGAUGGUAAGUUCUGUUUGGCCAACUCUGUAUGUGAUGGUAAGUACUGUGUGGCCAACUCUGCAUGUGAUUAGGCAGCGACGAGGCCAUGACAGGCAAUUCAGGCUCAUACCAACAAGAAGCCAGUAUAGGAGCUGCUCAUUCCUGCCCAAGACAAAUCAGGGACUGGAACAAUCUUUCAAAAGAAACGGUUAAGGCGACAACACUAGACACAUUUGUGUCUAUUGCCUCAAGCCUUCAAACCCCUAGUGCAUGAUUCCCUCACAAAGUGGCACUGGAAAUCAGUGAAAUUUCCUCAUCAACACCAGGAACAGAAACAUUGCAAAUCCCAUCUACAUGUAUAGGAGCCAAAAUGAUCAAUAAAUUGAUCGUGGGCCCUUAAGAUAUAGAAGAAGAAGAAGUACUGUGGGGCCAACUCUGUAUGUGAGGGUAAGUACUGUGAGGCCAAAUCUGUAUGUGAUGGUAAGUACUGUGUGGCCAACUCUGCAUGUGAUGGUAAGUACUGUGUGGCCAACUAUGUAUGUGAUGGUAAUUUCUUUGUUUGUGGCCAACUCUGUAUGUGAUGGUAAGUACUGUGUGGCCAACUCUGCAUGUGAUUGGUAAGUUCUUUGUGUGUGGCCUGUGGCCAACUCUGUAUGUGAUUGGUAAGUUCUUUGUGUGUGGCCAACUCUGUAUGUGAUGGUAAGUUCUUUGUGUGUGGCCAACUCUGUACCUGAUGGUUAGGUCUAUGUAACCAACUAUGCAUUUGAUGGCUAGUCCUAUGUGGCUAACUCUGCAUUUGAUGGUAAGCUCUCUGGCCAACGUAUGUAAAUUCUUGAUGUCUAUGGAGUACCACAGAUGGAACAUUUCAUGCCUGAUCAUUCAACUGUAACACUGUUUUGCCACUUUCAGCCCCACCCAGUGACCAUAAGGCUUUAAGUAUGGACUUUAUACUGUCAUAUUAUUGAUAUGCAGUUUCCAAACUCAGCUAUCGUAUAAAGCAAUCAUUGAAAUCAAAUUUUAAAACCUCAAAUGUCUUAAAUAUUUCACAAUUUUUAUCAUUUCAAUUACAGCUCUUAGCAAAAAUAUAUUUUUUUUAGUCAUAACUGUAUAAUUUAGUGCAUUUGUGUAAUCUGAAAUCUGUAAAGUACACAUCAGUAGGUGUAGCUGAUCAUGAGAAGAUUAUUGGGGGUUUUUUAGGUGUCAAAACACUUGUGGUUACAUUACGAGUACAAGAUUUGUAAACCGGAUCUCUCUGGUUUUUCUCCUUGCAUUAUCUAUAGCUGCAGUCUCUAAGAGGAUGUCAUUGUUGGAGCACCAACUCUUUUUACUACACCUAGAGUGCAUUCAUAACAUGCAGCUCUGAGUUGCUUCUUUACUUUAUGUUAUAUAUAUAAAAAUCUAUAUAUUAUAUCAAUCCUAUUUUCUUAAUAAUAAUAAAAAUUAUUUGAAAAUCAUGCUUCCUCCCCAAAGGCUCGAAGCGCCGUACAUACCACAUUGAAGCACAAAAUGCAACAUUACAAAAACUACAUAUGAGAAUACUCAUUCUAAUUCUUUCAAACCUUGCAACCAUAAACAACACAGGCAAAUAUACAUCUACAAGAUAAUAGCUAGAUAGACAGUGUCUGGCUGUUUCUGAGAGUGACAGGAAAGGUGUUCCAAAUUGUUUGGCCAGCAAAUGCGAAAGUGCGCCCCUCGUAAGUCUCAAGGCAAACACGCGGUAUCGAGAGUCUGCCGCUAUCAGAUGAGCGGAGUUUUCUAGUGGGUACAUAAGGCGUGGGUAGUGCUUUGAGGUAGGAUGGCACCAGGUCAUGCAAGCAGCGUAGCACAGAGUUGCAAUUUUGUACUCUAUGCGAGCGCGGACCGGCAGCCAAUGCAACUCUCUCCGAUGUGUUUUAGCAUGGUCGAACUUGCGUUUUCUUGUGCUGAUUAUGAUUUUUAAACUCAGCACCGUUUUCUUGAAUUUCAAUCUCAAUCUGUUGACAGGAGGCACCUGCUCUUGUGUAGACCAAUACUAUGCCAGGGAUGGGCAGUGCCUGGGCUUCCUGAAACCUGGGGCACCCUGUGAUGAGAAAGACACCUGUGUGAAGCUCAGCACCUGUGACAAAGUCUCCAAUACAUCAGGGAGAACAGAAUGCAUGUAGGUGCCUUUUUAUAAAGAUAUAUAAAAUGACUGUUUCUGUCUACUAACUUUUUUGGUCAAUAAAUCAGGAUGUUCAACUGAGAUCUUUUCUCACUACUAACAUUUUUUGUCAAUUAAUCAAGAUGACCAACUGGGACCUUUUCUCACUACUAACAUUUUUGUCAGUGAAUCAGGCUGACAAGCUGAGAUCUUUUCUCACCACUAACAUUUUUUGUAAAUGAAUCAGGAUGACCAACUGAGACCUUUUCUGGCUACUAACAUUUUUUGUCAAUUAAUCAAGAUGACCAACUGGGACCUUUUCUCACUACUAACAUUUUUGUCAGUGAAUCAGGCUGACCAGCUGAGAUCUUUUCUCACCACUAACAUUUUUUGUAAAUGAAUCAGGAUGACCAACUGAGACCUUUUCUCGCUACUAACAUUUUUUGUCAAUUAAUCAAGAUGACCAACUGGGACCUUUUCUCACUACUAACAUUUUUGUCAGUGAAUCAGGCUGACCAGCUGAGAUCUUUUCUCACCAGUAACAUUUUUUAUAAAUGAAUCAGGAUGACCAACUGAGAUAUUUUCUGACUACUAACAUUUUUUGUCAAUGAAUCAGGAUGACCAACUGAGACCUUUCUCACUACAAAUAUUUUUAUUCUGUAUCAGGGUAACAAUUAACUUAGAUUAAGUCAAGAGAAUUAUUGCCAGCAGAGUCUUGUUAGCAUGAGAUGCAACAGUCAUGUUAGCAUGAGAUGCAGCAAUCUUCAUGAUAGGCCCUUGACUGCAAGCUGCUGAGGUGCCCAUAGAGUUUCUUGGGCAAUGGUGCUGGCUAGGGCAUUAUGCUCUCUCACUGCCCAGGCUGUGAUGCCAUGUUCUGUGUUUAUUAUUUCAUCCUACAUUUUUCACACGUCCCUUGUGUUGAUCUUCAAUGUGUUUUACAAAGGUCAGUGGUGACACUAUUGCUUAUGGCCAUUGAGGGGAUGGGAAUCUGGCCUGAGAUUGCUCCUUGACAACUGGUGCUAUUCUUGUGAUCUGUCUGCCAUUUUUUUCUCUCGCUAGAGAGUGACUACAUCUAGGGAACCUACGAUGUCUUGUAACAUUUUUUUACUGCCUGUCAACUUGUUUGACAUUUGUGUCCCCCAGUUGUGUCAGCGGCUACUUUGUUCACAAAGACGAAUGUGUUGAAGUUCACAAAGCCGGGCAGCCAUGUAAUGGAAGAGGUCAGUGUGUCCUUGGUGCAGAGUGUCGGGCAGACCUAGGAUGGAUGUGCACGUGUGGACCAAUGUUUUAUGAAGACUCGUACGGAGUAUGUUACAAACGUGAGUCUGUUCUGUUUUGUUCAAAUUUGCUAUGAGGAUUUGAUGGCCAAUAGUUUCAUAAUAUGGAAUGUGGUUUAUAGAAAUGUAACCCUCUAAAAAAAGAAAAUUUUAAAAGGCCAAAAAUCAGCUGGCAUUUUAUUUUAUUUGUUCAGUGAAGAGACAUAUUGUUUAGUAGACUAUUUAUAACCAUAUCUUAGUGGACUAUUUUUAAACAAAUGUUAGUGGACUAUUACAGACAUAUAUAAGGGGACUAUUUUUAAACAAAUCAUAGGGGACUAUUUAUAAACAAAUCUUGACCUUGACUAUCAUGUGCUUGUAACUUGACCAACUUGAAUGUUUCCCAGACAGACCUUGACCUUGACUAUCAUGUGCUUGUAACUUGACCAACUUGAAUGUUUCCCAGACAGACCUUGACCUUGACUAUCAUGUGCUUGUAACUUGACCAACUUGAAUGUUUCCCAGAAAGACCUUGACAUUGACUAAAAAAAUCAUGUGCUUGUAACUUGACCAACUUGAAUGUUUCCCAGACAGACCUUGACCUUGACUAUCAUGUGCUUGUAACUUGACCAACUUGAAUGUUUCCCAGACAGACCUUGACCUUGACUAUCAUGUGCUUGUAACUUGACCAACUUGAAUGUUUCCCAGACAGACCUUUACCUUGACUAUCAUGUGCUUGUAACUUGACCAACUUGAAUGUUUCCCAGACAGACCUUGACCUUGACUAUCAUGUGCUUGUAACUUGACCAACUUGAAUGUUUCCCAGAAAGACCUUGACAUUGACUAAAAAAAUCAUGUGCUUGUAACUUGACCAACUUGAAUGUUUCCCAGACAGACCUUGACCUUGACUAUCAUGUGCUUGUAACUUGACCAACUUGAAUGUUUCCCAGACAGACCUUGACCUUGACUAUCAUGUGCUUGUAACUUGACCAACUUGAAUGUUUCCCAGACAGACCUUGACCUUGACUAUCAUGUGCUUGUAACUUGACCAACUUGAAUGUUUCCCAGACAGACCUUGACCUUGACUAUCAUGUGCUUGUAACUUGACCAACUUGAAUGUUUCCCAGACAAACCAGCAGGCUCACCCUGCAAUGCAACAUACGAGUGCACAACUGAGGCAGAGUGUCGUGACGAUGCCAACAGUGUAGAUCAAGCAACAACCGACAAGGAUGAGGUUCUGUGUCGCUGUCUCAAAUCCUAUGUGGCCGUCAAUGGACUUUGUGUUGGUGUGUGCAGAGCCUAGCCUUAAAUGAAAUCUGUUUUUCGUCUAUUGUAGUUUUAUUUUUUUCUUAACACUUAUGCCUCGAUGUCUAGCAUGACAAAUAAUUCGGCAUGCCUGUAGGCAUCUGUUAUAGAGAUUUGAAGAAAAAUGAAAGAUUCAUUGCAGAUCUAACUUGAGAUUUUAUGUAAUUUUUUUUGUAAAGAAAGUAGGAUGGUGUAAGUCAAAAUGAUUUGAUAAUUAAUUUUUUUGUCAUCUGCCUCAUUUGGGCAGGAUAUUUUUUUUUAAAUUACUUUCCGGUUAAUUGUCUUUUACAAUGUCUUUAACCAAAAGACUUUAAUAUUGUGGGAAGUGUUUAACAAUAGAAAUAUUGUGCAACUAUAGAAAUUUUAUAUUGUGUUGCUAUAGAAAUAUUAUAUUGUGUAACCAUAGAAAUAUUAUAUUGUGUAACUCAAUAAAUGUCAUUCCGUGGAAUCAUUUCAACUCUGCUAACCUGAUAACGUCUGGCUUGUUUCAGGCGAUCCAACUGUUGGUGAUGAGGAAGGUGUGCCCUCAAUCGUCCUAAUCUCCUCCAUCAUUGCCGCCCUCUUCCUCCUCCUGUUGCUCUUUGCUCUAUUCCUCAUUUUGUUCAGGAGGAGGAAACAGAAGUAAGUAGAUAAUCCUGAUCUAUUGUAUGAGAUUCCUCAUUGUCGCCCAAGAUGUUCAUUAAAAAUAUAUCCAGCUAUUCCGGGGGAGCCAAGAUGCAUCUGAAGUGUACGACAUGUCAUAAAGUUAGUCCCAUCCAACGCUUGAUUGCAGAGACAAAAGAUAUACCGUAAUGCCACUCUGGUGCCCCCCCCUUGCAAAAAUGCUACAUUGCUGCCAGCAUAAAAAUACUUUGUUAACAUUUGAAAGCUCUAAUUCUUAAAUCCUAGCCAGCUGUUUUAGUUAUCUGAACAAUUAUAAUCUUUAGUUUUGUAUAUAUAAAAAAAUUCACACUUUCUAAGGAUUUCAUUCCUAUUUAAAUGUAACUUUAAAAUGAUUACAUAGUAAAAUGACGAUUUUGAGAUUUCACUCAAAUGGUAAAAUGGCAUUAAAAUUAAAUUUUCCAGUUGCGUAAGUUGUUACACCUUCGGCUGUAAUUGAUUUGAAAUGUCUGCCAAUUACUGUAUUCAUAAAUCAUAUGUAAGGCAGUUGAUUUUAAAUGUCUACCAAUUAUUGUAUUGUUAAAUCAUAUGCGAUGUAUUUGAUUUUAAAGGUCUAUCAAUUACUGUGUGUGUGUUGCAGGCGUCAAGCAGCAGAGGAAUCCAUGAGUUCAAUGUCUGACAGUGGCAGCAUGGCCAGUACCCUCAAGCCACCACGACCUUACCUGGGAUACGCUGUGCCUUUCUACAUGCCCCCUCCCCCCUCCAUUAACAGCGGCAACGGGAAAGCACCAGGGUCCGAUCUGGCUCUGGAAUUCUACAGGACCAAGAAGGGGUCAGGGGUCAAAGGUCAAGAUGUCAUCAGUGCCUCGAUGAACUUGGAUGAAGAAGACAUUUAGACGGUUUUGAUAGAAAACAGAUGAUAAAGUGAUAAGACGUAUCUGUUUUUCUUUUAGCUAAUUUAUUUGCGCC